GUAAGGUAUGCUAAGAACAACUGCCACUUUAAUUUAUAUGAUGCUUGUCUAUCUGGGCAUUGGCCUAAACCUUUAAAUAGUGCGUUUUUCUACAUGGAAAAGUUUUGUGCCGACGCGGCGGCUCGUUUGUGUGCUUUAUUUAGAUUUCGUACUUUUCUGCAUUUAUGACUGAAAUGUCAGCCCAACGCAAGUUUUUCGUUGGUGGCAACUGGAAAAUGAAUGGGAACAAGGAACUGAAUACUAAACUAAUUGAAACAUUGUCCAAGGCUGAAAUUGAUCCCAACACUGAUGUUCUCGUUGCACCCCCACUGGUGUUUCUCCGAUGCGUCCGCGAGGCACUGGGUAAUAGAUUCUUCGUGGCUGCACAAAAUUGCUACAAAGUUGCUUCUGGUGCAUUCACUGGCGAAGUGAGCCCUGCAAUGAUCAAAUGUGUUGGAUGCGACUGGGUUAUUCUUGGCCACUCAGAACGCCGGCACAUUUUGAUGGAAUCCGACCAGCUUGUCGGUGAAAAAGUUGGUCAUGCAUUAACUGAGGGGCUGAGUGUAAUCGCUUGUAUUGGUGAGAAGCUGGAGGAGCGGGAGGCAGGUAAAACGGAGGAAGUUUGCUUUAGACAAAUGGAUGCGAUUCGGCAUCACAUCAAAAACAAAUCCCAGUGGUCUCGUGUGGUGAUUGCUUACGAGCCAGUUUGGGCAAUUGGAACUGGAAAGACCGCUACCUCAGCACAAGCACAGGAAGUUCAUGUGGCCGUUCGGAAAUGGCUUGAAGUUAACAUAGACUCGGAAGUAGCCAAAACCAUUCGGAUUAUUUACGGAGGUUCAGUAACUGCUGCGAACUGUAGAGAGUUGGCCCAACAACCGGAUGUCGAUGGUUUUCUUGUUGGUGGAGCUUCGUUGAAACCGGAAUUCAUCGACAUCUGUAAUGCGAAUUUCAAAUGAACCAAAUCGCCUUGACCAUAAUGUGUGUGUAGCAGCUGAUCAAUCCUUGUAUUUGUCGCAACUUUUCUCCACCUCUUUCCUAUGUACCCUAUUUAGCUCUUACAUUUAUAGAGUCCUACCGCUUACUCUUAAUUCUGCUUUGGUCGCUUGUUUCGCAAACAAUGUCACUGGUUUCUCUCUGCACACCAUUGGAAGCGCUAAUAGAUGCUAUCUACGCCGUGCGCAAACGAACCGUCCAAGCGUUCUGCGCCCAGUGCUUCUGUUUCAGGGGGUUUCAUUGUUUGGGAGUUUAUUGUUUUCGAAAGCGGUUCAUUGUUUCCCAACAAGUAAACCCUAGUUGCGAUGCACCAUCAGACCGAUAUUGUUCUCAAAGCCCCCAUCUUAAUUGUUUGUCUCCUGCCGCUGCAACUUGGGCCGUUUGAACUACUUUGCG